AUGCCAGGUCUCGUGUCUGCGACCGGCAUCCUCGCCUUCCUCGAUGAGGAAGAACCCGAGCUCAAGGUCUUCGCUUUGCAGACUCUCAACGACGAUAUUGAUACUGUCUGGACCGAAGUUGCUGGUGCACUGAGUCAAAUCGAGUCCCUCUACGAAGACGAGUCUUUCCCCGAGCGCCAGCUGGCUGCUUUGGUUCUAUCCAAGGCCUACUACCACCUCCAGGCCUACAAUGACUCCAUGAGCUUCGCCCUCGCCGCCGGUGACCUGUUCAAGCUCGACUCUCCUGGCGAGUUUGAGAGCACAAUCAUAUCCAAGUGCGUCGACCGCUACAUCGCAACCACCUCGGUCAAGAACACGCGUGCCUCUAUCAAGAAGCCCGUUGAUCUGCCUGAGCUCGCAACCACCUUUUCCAACAUCACCGACGUCGCGGUCUCAUCCCCCACCACUCCCUUCUCCCAGAAGGCCCUGCCCCCCAAGUCGCUCCUCUCGCGCGACUCCAUCGACAACUCCACAAUGGACGCCACCCUCGAGCCCGCUGCAAAUGACGCUCACUCUGGCUCCGUUGUCCAGAUCCCGAACCAGACUACAGACGCUGCCCUGCGCCGCGUCAUCGAUCGCCUGUUCGAGAGCUGCAUCCAGCAGGGGCGGUAUAGGCAGGUCGUUGGAAUUGCCGUCGAGGCCAAAAAUCUUGAUGUCCUGCGCCAUGUCAUUAAGCGUGCUAGCCAGGAACAGAAGCAAUCCAAGCCCAAGUCGCAGGAUGCCUCCCAGCCACAAGGCCCCGCCGAGGAGCUAAUGGACUACACUUUGGGCAUUUGCAUGGACAUCGUUCAGGAGAGGGGCUUCCGCCAUGACAUCUUGCGCCUCAUUCUCGACCUGCUCAACGAGAUCCCUAACCCAGACUACUUUGCCAUUGCUAAGUGCGUUGUCUAUCUCAACUCGGAUGAGGAGGCCUCUCGCAUGCUGCGCACACUGGUCGACAAUGGCGACCGCAUCUCUUUGACCAACGCCUACCAGAUUGCCUUUGACCUUUACGACAACGGCACUCAAGAGUUCCUCGGAAAGGUCAUCGACUCUCUGCCCUCCGGAGAACCCCCUCAAGAGGACAAAUCUACCGAAGCUAAGGAAGGUAACGGCGAGGGUGAGUCCCUGCUUGAUAACCAGCAGGAGGAUCCUGAGGAUGAGCUCGACGAGGAUACAGCCAAGGCAUACCGCAACGUCCGAUCUAUUCUUGACGGCACUAAGACGAUCUAUCUCAACCUUGAAUUUCUCUACCGAAACAAUCGCAGCGACCACAGCAUCCUCAAUAAGGUCCGCGAUAGUCUCGAGGGCCGCAGCUCCAUCUUCCACAGCGCUGUCACCUUCUGCAAUGCCUUUAUGAACCAGGGCACGACCAACGACAAGUUCUUCCGCGACAACCUUGACUGGCUCGGCAAGGCUGUCAACUGGUCCAAGUUUACUGCUACUGCCGCUCUGGGUGUUAUGCAUCGAGGCAAUCUAUCGCAGUCGCGUAAGCUCCUCGAGCCCUACCUGCCCCGCGCGGGUGGUCUUGGCAGCGGCUCCGUGUUCAGCCAGGGUGGCGCCUUGUACGCAUACGGUCUGAUCCACGCCAACCAUGGCGCCGACGCUCUUGAAUAUCUUGACCACCAGUUCACCUAUGCCGAGGAUGAGGUCCUUCAACACGGUGGCGCCCUCGGUCUCGGUAUUGCCGGAAUGGCCACGGGUGACACCUAUAUCUUUGACAAGCUCAAGGACAUUCUAUUCCAGGACUCGGCCCUCAACGGCGAAGCUGUUGGUCUUGCCAUGGGUCUUAUCAUGCUGGGCACCGGCAACGCCAAGGCUAUCGAGGACAUGAUUACCUAUGCUCACGAGACAACCCACGAGAAGAUUGUCCGGGGUGUCGCCAUGGGCAUGGCCCUUAUCAUGUACGGCCGCCAGGAGGGAGCUGACAUUCUGGUCGAGGGCCUUCUCAAUGACCCUGAUCCCACCCUGCGCUACGGUGGUAUCAUGACGGUGGCCCUCGCCUACUGUGGCACGGGCAGCAACAAGGCCAUCCGCAAGCUGCUUCACGUAGCUGUCAGCGAUGUCAGCGAUGACGUUCGCCGUAUCGCUGUCAUGAGCCUGGGUUUCAUCCUCUUCCGCAAGCCCGGCAGCGUUCCCCGUAUGGUCGAGCUGCUGUCCGAGUCAUACAACCCCCACGUCCGCUACGGUUCUGCCAUGGCCCUUGGCAUCUCGUGCGCCGGCACCGGUCUGGAGGAGGCUAUUGACCUGCUCGACCCCAUGCUUAAGGACCCCACCGACUUUGUCCGCCAGGGUGCUCUCAUCUCUCUGUCUAUGAUUAUGGUUCAACAGAACGAGGUUACGAACCCCAAGGUGUCGUCGUUCCGCAAGACGCUGAGAAAGGUUGUCGGCGACCGUCACGAGGAUGCUAUGACCAAGUUCGGUGCCGCUCUGGCUACAGGAAUUAUUGAUGCCGGUGGCCGCAACUGCACCAUCGGUCUGCAGACCCAGUCGGGCAACCUCAACAUGGCCGGAAUCGUCGGUAUGGCCGUCUUCACCCAGUACUGGUACUGGUUCCCCUUCACCCACUUUUUGUCCCUGAGUUUCUCACCCACGGCCGUCAUUGGACUGGACCAUGAGCUCGACAUGCCCGACUUCAAGUUCCACUGCUCUGCCCGACCGAGCCUCUUCGACUAUCCUCCUGAGCAGGAAGUCAAGGCCGAGGAGGGUCCCGCUAUGAUCGCCACGGCUAUUCUGUCGACGACUGCACGGGCCAAGCGCAGGGCUCAAAAGAAGGAGCGUGCCCAGAAGACUGAGGGUGGCAUGGACAUUGACACCCCUGCUCCGAAGGGCGAGGGCGAUAAAAUGGACAUCGACGACGAUAAGAAGGACGACCAGACGACCAAGGAGCCUGGCGCUACCGGCGACGACGCCGCUGCCAACAAAGACACUUCCGACAGCAAGAAGGAGCCCGAGAAGGAGAAGGCCGGCUUUGACAUUGACAACAUGACGCGUGUGCUGCCCAGCCAGCUGAAGUACUUGAGCAUCCCCGCUGGACGCUAUAGGCUCGUCAAGAAGCCCGUUACAGGUGGAGCCAUGCUUUUGGAGGAUACGGAGGCGGACGAGCCCAAGACGCUGAUUGAGGAGAAGCUGGCCAAGGUGACGACGGAACGCGCCCCUGUUGCCGGUCAGGGCGCCCAUGGUGGUGCCGGCCGACCUAGUACUCCUGGUGCUCCCGGCGGUGGACGUAAUCUGCUAGAUGGACUCGUCGACCCAACACGCGGCGGGUCAACUGGCAACCCCAUGGUUGAUCAGAUUCUACGCGGCUCUCAGGGUGGUGGCCCCUCUCCCUUUGGCAGACUUGGAGACAUGUUCAGCACGCCCGGCGCUGGUGCUGCCGCUGCGGCUGGUGUCUUGACUGCUGUGGAUGAGGAUAAUGAGGGUGACGAGGAGGCUAAACUGCCCGAUGAGUUUGAAUACUUUUCCGACGAAGGCAGCGACGAGGAGGAAGAUGACGACUGA